CUCGCCCCCGAUAAUGCAGAGCUACAAGUACGACAAGGCGAUCCCGCCGGAGAGCAAGAAUGGGGGCAGCCCGGCGCUCAACAACAACCCGGCCAAGAGCAGCAGCAAGAAAGCCCUGCUCAUCUGCCUCGACUGCCUCUGCCUCGUCAUGGCCGGGUUGCCCUUCCUCAUCAUCGAGACAAGCACAAUCCAGCCCUACCAGAGGGGCUUCUACUGCGACGACGACAGCAUCAGGUACCCGCAGAAGAACGUGGAGACCAUCAACGACGCGGUGCUGUGUGCUGCGGGCAUCCUCAUCGCCAUCCUCGCGAUCAUAACGGGAGAGCUCUACCGCAUCCACUACCUGAAGGAGAAAUCGCGCUCCUUCAUCCAGAACCCCUACGUGGCAGCCCUCUACAAGCAAGUGGGCUGCUUUGUUUUUGGCUGUGCCAUCAGCCAGUCCUUCACAGACAUUGCCAAAGUGUCCGUCGGGCGCUUGCGGCCGCAUUUCCUGGCCGUGUGUGACCUGGAUUUCUCCACCAUCAACUGCUCCAAGGGAGUUUACAUCCAGAACUACACCUGCAGGGGAAACGACAGCAGGGUGCAGGAGGCCAGGAAAUCCUUCUUCUCCGGGCACGCGUCCUUCUCGCUGUACACCAUGCUGUAUUUGGUGUUUUAUCUGCAGGCCAGAUUCACGUGGAAGGGAGCCCGCCUGCUCCGGCCCCUGCUGCAGUUCACCCUCAUCAUGAUGGCGUUUUACACCGGGCUGUCCCGCGUGUCCGACCACAAGCACCACCCCACCGACGUGCUGGCAGGCUUUGCACAGGGAGCCCUGGUGGCUUACUGCGUGGUGUUUUACGUCUCAGAUCUCUUCAAGCCCAAGACAAAGACUUGCCUGCCUCCACCUCCCAUCCGGAAGGAGAUCCUUUCACCUGUGGACAUCAUUGAGAGGAAUAAUCAUCACAACAUGGUGUAGAACUUCAAGGAAUCGGAUGGAUGUUGUAUUUUUAAUUUUUUUUUUAAAUUUUUUUUUUUUUUGGCAAAAAAAAUAGUGACUGCUGACAGCAACUACCUGCUGCUCUCAAAUCUCAUCAGACAGUAGAAUGUAGGGAGAGACUUUCUUGCCCAACCGGUAAAGUCUUACUCUGUGGUCUUUUCAACUUGAGACAUUUGGAUGAAAAGGGGGGGUGGUGGUCAACUAAGGCAAAGGCGACGACGAGAAAGGAAAAAACAGCCCACACAACACAAAAAAAAAUGAACAAACAAAGAGAGGUGCCGGAGUUCUGGAUGUGCAAUUGGUUUGAGUGUUCAUGUUGUAGUGARCGCCAAAUUGUUCCUAGCCCAACGAACACUUAAGGGAUUUUUGGAAAGCUGGCCAUCCUAGGUUUUUUUCUGACUACGAAGAUUUCCGAUGCCUGCGAGAAAAAAGAAAAAAACCAACUCACGAUUAAAUUGUAUAGCACUACGUAUGAGCAACAGCACUGAGUCAAGAUCUGGGAUUGGUUUCUAAGAGUUGCUUUUUUCUCUUUUUGAUCCUAGUUUAUUUUUGCCUCCUCUCUUCCAUACUGUGACUUACUUUAGAAGAAGCUUGCCCAGYCUGAGAUCUCCAAAGGGUCUCUGUUCUCUCUGCCCACACUUCAGCCUUUAACGAGCGGCCCCGAGACGCGCAGCGAGGCCGAGAGCUCCUUGAUCCGUGCAGAGAAGCCACAUUUCUUCCUCCCCGCUCGCUCCCUGGCGAGGGCUCACCCCAUCUGAGCCCCUCUAAAUGAAAAGAGCAUCCUCCACUUUCCCCCAAAAAAUCCCAGCAGGUUUUGCUCGCGUGGGGAGCGGCGGCUCUGCCGAAGACUCGUUCGCACUACGACCCCGGGGCUGAGUCCCGGGGAAACUUUGAUUCUGCAGUUUUGGGACGGGCUGCUGGGCGGCACGUCCCGGCCUGGUGUCAGUCGGUUUGUGCAUCCCCUCCUCAUCCUCCUGCUCCUCCUCAUCMUCCUCCUCCUCCCCGGGCACUCCGGGGUGCAUCACCCGGUCCUGUGCUCGGCUGGCUCGCACCGAGCUGGGCCAUCAGCUGUGCCUCUCUCUCGGGUGUGAUGAUGGAAUUUUAUUUUUUUUUUUACAUUUUUUUUUUGGCCCGGAAGCCACAGGUCCUGGGUUUGCAGCCCUUUCACGAAGCGCGUUUGCAAAGGGAUCCCGCAGAACACGCAGAACGGCCAUUUGCACAUCCUUCUCACAGAAUCCGUCCUAUCAUUUCAACUUAUAGCAAGCUAUGAUUUUUUUUUUUUAUAUUAUAAAUAUUAUAUAAAUAAUGUAUAAAACCUUAAAAAUUAACUAUGUAAAAUAUUAUUUCUGAAACAAUUUUAGAUAUAUCCACUAUGACUAUAAACUGUGUCUUGACCUGUGUUAUUUACAUUUUGCUGCUUAAAAAAGCAUUGAAUUAAUUUUUUUAUAGUCGACUAAAAUAUUGUAGUUCUGUGGUAGUAAUAUUUUAAUGAAAAUAACUACAAUUAGAGACAUUUGUAUAAAAAAAACAUAUUAAAUUGUCUGUAUUUUUGUAAUGUUCCAUUUUGUAAAGAGAAGAAUAUUCAAAGACUUUUGUAGAAUACAAAAUUGAAGUUUGUAUCUGCGAAAUUAUUGCUGUAUA